AUGUGUAUGAGCUUUAUAUUCAUUAGUGACAAUCCAGAUUCGAAGUACAAGCUCAUUAUACUGAAUAAUCGAGACGAAUCAGUAGACAGACCAACGCUGGAAUUGGAUUGGCGAAAUGGCGUCUUAAGUGGGAUUGAUAUCCAAGAUCCCGUGAGGGGCACAUGGUUUGGAACGAAUAUGGUAGGAAGCGUUGGAAUUUUACUCUCAAUUACACAGUCACCAUCCGCAAAAAAGCUUCAGCAUGGCCGUAGUCGAGGUGGAAUCGCUAAAGAGUUUCUGGAGUCUGGGCGUUCCUGUGAAGACUUUUUCCCUGAAUUGAGUAGCAAAGCUGAUCUCUUCAAUGGAUUCCAGUUUUUAGGUUUACAAAGGAAUAAAGAAAACAUCUACGAGAUGACAUCUUUGACAAACAUGCUUGUCGACAAAGUGGAACCACGAAAAUGGCCGGCAGGGAUAUAUGUUUGGGGUAAUAGCCCUCCCGAUAAACCAUUCCGAAAAGUCGUCGAAGGGCGGAAAAUUUUCGAGAAAUAUAUCGCUUCGUUAAGUCCUGACACCAGCGUGAGUGAUCUGAUCACUGGACUGAUGAAAAUCGCUACGGACGAGACAGAAUACUGCCCUGAUCCACAGCUUGCGCUACAAACUGAGCGGCCGUUGGAAAUGUAUCGACACUACUGCUCAAUAAUGGUGAAGUUCCCGCUGGAUAUGCUCCGCUUUGGCACAAGAUCUCAUAGUAUUUUCAUCGUGGAUCGUAACAAUAACGCUACUUUUUAUGAGAAUCGUAUGGCUUCACCUCCACAAAUCGGGAAACCUACCGAGUGGGUCGACAAAACCAUUACCUAUAAGUUAGAGCCCAUCGGUGCUGAACAGCAUCGGUGA